UCUUCUUCUCUAUCAAUCUCUCAAUCUUUCUCACUUUCACACACUCUCUCUUUAAUAUCUCUCUCUCUCUUUCUCUCUCUUUCUCUCUGUGAAUUUCUCUCCAAAAAUUCAAUAUCUAUUUUAAUUAUUUGUUAAUCACUUACAACCAAAAAUCUAACCUCAACCAACAAUCUAAUUAAACCAGUGAGAAGAGAAUCAAUUGAACAUCAACCGAUUUGUAAACCAAUCGUUAAUCCUGUGAGCCUCAACAUAGUUUCAUAUUUACGUAUCACCGAUUACCUAAUAUAAUUUUGGUGAAUUAUGAUUUAAUUAAUCAAUGGUUCCCCUUUGAUCAUCAUCUCUAUUCCAUCAUCAUUGUAUUUUUUUUUCUGAUUAUCAGAUACAGUUAGAUGUCUCUCUAUGAGUAGCCUUUGUAGCUAAUUUUUUCUCUUUCUCCCUUUAUGUCUACAAAAGUAGUUGCCAUUUUGGUUUGACUUUUUUUUCUAUUCUUUUUCUGUCUCUUUCUAUUUUUUUUUCUCUCUCUUUCUUUCUCUGUGUUUUAAUCUCUUUGCCUUAACAAAAAUUGAAUUCUAAUAAUUGAACUUUCAUCUUGAUUGGUGGUGAAAGCAAACACAACAACAGAAAAGCUCAUAAAAUAAUAAUAUUAAUUGUUACCAGAUUCAAUCAUCCUACUAAUUGUUAAUCACUUUUGCUCUCCCUUUUGUGCUUCUUUCUCAUCUUCUCAUCUUCUAAUCAACAAUAACAUCAUCUCUAUAUUGUGUCAUCAUCAUAAACAUUUAAUCAACAUCUUCAUUUCUUUAUCCUGGUUAUACUUAAAUCGUUGUUACUCAUAACUGUUAACUUGUUGACUGUUAAUUGUAUCAAUUUAUUAUUAUUAUUAUAUAAUUAGUAAUACCACAAUCAACUAUUAAUAGUCACACUAGAUAUAUAUAAUUAAAUUAAUUUGUUAAAUUAAGGUGUAUUACCGAGGAGAGAAAUAAGAUAAUCAAACGAGAGAGUGAAAAAAGAGAGAGAAAAUUUAAAUAGAAAGAAAAAAAAGAAAUUCUAAAAAAAGAAUUCAAGCCGGACCAGUUUUCUUUUUCUUCUCUUACUGUAACUCUUUCUUUCUGCCUGUCGUUUCCCUCUCUUUCUCUUUCUCUCUCUCUCUCUCAUCUUCAAUCUUCUCUGUCUUCACCGAAUUACCAAAGGUUAAGCCAUUGAUUGUGUAUCAUAUUCGUUAAAGUUAAUUGUGAUUGUUAAUCAUCGCCACACAUAAAAUAUAUAAUCAAAUAAUUAUUUUACAAUGGGACGUAAAAAAAUUCAAAUCUCUCGGAUUACCGAUGAACGUAAUCGUCAGGUCACAUUCACAAAACGUAAAUUUGGAUUGAUGAAAAAAGCAUAUGAAUUAAGUGUUCUUUGCGAUUGUGAAAUCGCACUGAUAAUUUUCAACAGUACCAAUAAAUUAUUUCAAUACGCCAGCACCGAUAUGGACAAAGUGCUUCUCAAAUAUACUGAAUACAAUGAGCCCCAUGAAAGCCGAACCAACAGUGAUAUUGUUGAGACCCUUAACAAAAAGGAACACAAAAACUCCCCCAAUGGAUGUGACAGUCCCGAACCCGACGACGCUGGUUACACUUUGAACCAAAGGAGUGAAGCAAAAUACAAUAAACUAAGUGAGGAGUUUGACCUCGUGCUGCAAAGAAACGCAACCCAUAUCAAUGGAAACAGGUCACAGCCUUCAUCAUCAAGAAUCUCACCAGUGCCAGUUACCGUAGCAUUAAACUCAUCUCCAUAUCCAAACCAGGAAUCUACUAGUCUACUCCAACCCGCCGAGUUAUCGCCUCAGCCCGUCUCACUAAGUCCACGGCCAAGUUCCUCAGGUGCAAUGUUAGCUGUGACAAGCGGCUCAUCCGGAUCGUCAACAAACGGCUACCACCACCGAGCUUGUUCACCCUCUUCACUGUCCGGAGGUUCAAGUUCACCCAAUUCAAUUGUCUGUAUUAAAGGAAGUGUGUCACCCAAUCAUUUACAACCACCACCUCACCAUCAUCAUCAACACCAUCAUCAUCAGCAACAACAACAACAACAACAACAACAAUCAACAAUUAAUACAAACAACAGCACCAAUAAUAAUAGUAAUAAUCAUCAUUUAACCAAUCAUCAUAAUCAUCAUCAUCACAACAACAACAACAACAAUCAUCAUCACAAUAAUAAUAAUCAUCAUCAUCACAAUAAUCAACAUUCACCAAUCCCAUCACCAACACCACCCACCCCAACAACAGGAGGACAGUCCAACAAUUCAAUCAAUUCAUCUCGAGGCAAUAUACGAGUUGUCAUACCCAAUACUCAUGUUGCUAUGACAUCACGUAACGGUACACUGCUUAACUCAGCAAUUUCAGCCACAGCAACGGCAAUGUCGGCUUACUCGUCCUCCAUUUCAUCCUAUGGUUCCAAUGACUUUCAAUUAAAUUCAGAAAUGGGCCUUUCGUCGUUCAAUUCAUCGGGUUUACUUCAAAAUUGGCCACAUCAAAAUCAAUUGUCCUCAAGUAUAAACCAUGGAAGUCCUCCAAGUACGAGUGUAAAUCCACCCGUUAGCACUGUUAGUACCCCACCACCAUCAACCUCACCCUCAUCAGUUAAAGUUAAAAGUGAACCAAUAUCUCCACCGCGGGAUCUUUCCCACCAAGGUCAUCCAGUUUCGGGUAACCUUGGACCCUCAUCAAACACACCAAGCCAUUUAUCACCCGGACAUCCACCGUUAACACCGUCACCUGAUCCAUCCUGCAGCUCAGAUUAUGAAGGACCGAUUCAGAAAAGAUUGAGAGUGCCCAAUGAUACUAGUAAUUGGCAGUGAUUUCAAUUAAUUAAUUGCACAACAUGAUCAUCAACUUCCUGUUUCGUUCGCAUCCUCCUUGUAUCUCCUCUCCCUCCUCUCUCUCUCUCUCUCUCUCUCUCUCUCUCUCUCUCUCUCCAUCUCUCGACUGUACUACUUGCUGUUUCGUCUGUGAAAUCAAAUCAAGAGAUAAAUACAAUGUGUUGUACUUUGAAAAGAAAAACAAAAAAAAACCUUAAACAAAAAGAGACUAUUACCACAAAUUCAAUUCGUUAAGCUUAAUUAUUGUCAAACUAAUAACUAAUUGUGAAAAAAUGAUAAUUAUUAUUAUUAUAUAUAUGAUCAGUAAUCAACAGAGUCAAUCAAAAAAUCACAAAAAAAGGGUAAAAAUGUAAAUCACUUUUACUUCACAAUAAACAAUCACAAUCUCAUCAAGUGAA